AAAAAUAAUAAUAAUUGUAUAUAAAAUGUUUGCCACUUUCUUGGUGUAAAUUCAAUAAUAAAAAUACAAAUACCUAAUUUGGCACAAAUGUUUAUCUCAAUUUAAAGUACAUAUUUCUUUCUUUUUGGUUUUGGAGGUCAGAUUAGAAGUAACAAAAUAACACUAAACUAAAAUUCUACAAAAUGGAUACCUUUCGCUUUAGACGCUCAUCAAUAUCCCGUUUUGGGUCUAUUGGUAAAAAUGAACCCUUAAUCGUAGUCGAUGAAUCACAAAUAGUUGAAGAAGAUGAUCAGGAAAGUUCAGAGACGCCAUCACAUAAAGCCAGCUUGGACAUAGACUCACCAGUCAAUCCAUAUCUACUUUCGCCAUGGCGUGACCCAAGAGAAUCCCGUAAGCAUUCUCUGCCAUCACAACAGGUAACCGAGGGUAUAACGGCCAGUCAGGUAAGACGUCUUUCAGAACGAGGUGGAGAGGGUUCUGGACCAUCACCUAAGGAAGCCGCUUUCCUUGCAACACUCUCACAAGCGCCUGCACCAUCGGGUAGACGACAUUCCGUUGUUACUAUAUCCAAGGUGCCAGCUACGAUAUUUGGACGUUCGCGUCGAGAAUCGGUGGCAGCAUUUCCUUCUAACAACCGCAUCCUAAACUCGAGGAGGGAGAGCAACACCUCAACUGGUCCACCAUCUACGGAUCCAAUAGGUAGUAUACAUAAUUUACAAUUGGACAUCAUGGAUGAUAUUGUACAAUCUCGUAAAGCACGCAUGAAACUUUGGACAACGAGCAAUGAGAAAGUGUGUGAAGUGGAAACUCUUACAGAGGGCGGCACAACACCGCAGCGCUACACCAAUCGUCGUUAUUCCGAAUGUGUCUCGGGUCAAGCUACUCCAUCGCCCAACUUCCGUAGAGCCUCCGAACUUCCCGCCAGCGUUUCACCCUGUGUUACACAACCCACCAGCAAUCGUUCGUCCACCAAACGCAGCAAGGGCACUGGAUUAUUGGGCAGCCGAACAGAUAUUACUUCUAUUUUCAGCUCCCUAACAUCAUCGGCUAUUGAAAUACACAAGUGUGAAGAUACACCUCCUUCUUCUGUGGCUGGUGGACCUAAGUCUAAAACUAACUUAACCACUAAUCAGACAGCUGCUAGCAGUUCGAAUCUCCUAGAUCCCAAUGCAGGUCGCUCAACACGUUCGAACAGUUUUGAUGUCUCUAUACUCAACAAUGCAAAACAAAUGGUAAGUGAUGCUCAGGAUAAUAGUUCAGCUGCUAUUUCAGGAUGGUUUGCCCAGCGUCAUGAGCCCAUGGCACGCAAAAAGAGUAUAAGAAGUAAGAGUACAGCCAUGGCACUCUCCAAAGAAAUGAUAGAAAAAUUACAAACCAAAGAUCCAUUGCGUGAGAGUAAACCCAAAUUGAAACCACGUAGCAAACAAAAAAGUUGGACAGAUCAUACAAAGGGGACCAUAGUGGAUGCAACCGUUAUUGGCUCAGCUAUAGAAGGAUUUUUACGUAAAAACUCCGCUUCUGGACCUUCGGGCAGUGAAGCGGCCUCAACAUCUCGUUCAAAAUCUACCAAAGGAGCCGUACCCAAAGAUUAUGGCUCGUCACGACGCACACGUACAACACCACAAGCUCAAGCUGCCAAUGCAGUACGUUCUACUUUAAAUUGGUUCGGAAAGGGUGAUGAGGAUGAUUCGAAGGAUACCUGUGAUGCUUCACUUUGUUCCACCUUAAAAGAUUUAUUUGUUAAAUAAUUACCGGGGAAUUCUUUAUUUCGAUUAAAAUAAUUUUGAAUAGUUUACUAUCUCAACACGCACUCUAAUAACCAAUUACUUUUCAACUAUUUUUUAAGGGGUAAGUUAAUUUAAAAUUUUAUUUUCUUAAUAUUGUGUAUAUGAUUAUUAAAUUAAAAAUAAAAGUGGGGUCCGGCAAUAAAUAUGAAUGAUUGAAAGCUUUAGCUUAAUAAAACAUUAUAACAAAUGUUAAGUCAAAAAUACAAAAACAGUAGUACGAAUUAAAUUAGUUUAUAAUUAAUACAUAAGAAUAAGCUACAUAAAUACAUAUUUUUCAUAUAAAAAAAACGAAAAAAUCAUAUUGAAAGUUAUUUAUUAUUAGUAUUAUACAGAAUUAUUGAAACAUAAAAACCAGUAACUUAUUCACAUUAAAAUUGUUAAUAUGUCUGUAGAUUAUUUUUAUUUUUUAAUUUUAAGAAACAUAUACAUUAGUAAUAAAACAUAGUAGUAGCAUAUAAAAUUAUAAACAUGAAGCAAAACACUAUUAAUUGCACAGUGCGUCUCAUUGUCUUUGGUUUUUAAGAUAAAAACAUGGAAUUGCAGUCUAAAAAUAAUUUCGACCACAUCCCUUAAAUUUAUUUCCUUUAUUGUCAAAAUAGGGUUUUGUGUGCAGUGCAUAGCUAACUAAUUCAGAAUAAAGCUACUGAUAGUAGGGAAAGAAUCGGUCUUCCUGUAUUAUAGUAGAGACAAAUUUUAAUGGACUUGUUAUUAGUAUAAACUAACUCAGAACAAAGUUACUGAUAGAAGAGAGAAAAAAGAAGGUUCUAUUCAGAACAAGUCAGCUAGACAAUACUAUUACAUAAAGUAGUAAAUACUUGCUUGGAAUGUAUUCUAUUCAAUGGAAUAGGACAUUUUCAAGCAAUUUGAUUAAUUCAUAGUAUGUCCAUAUGUCACGUAACGCUCUAAAAAUAGUUAGAUUAAAGUUAAUAAUUUCUAUAGAUUUACAGUGGACUGACUAGUCAAUGGGUUAAUCAAAAUACUACAAAGUAAAGUAGAAAAGAGAUUUGUCGAUUGAUAUGUCAAUAGACUUAUAAAUAUACCAGGUGCACUUGUCAUCAAACAUGCUAUUGAAUUACUAAUAGACUGUUUUAUUAUUAAUCCAUAGACUAGUUUAUAAUCUUGUUCAUUAAGUAGCUAAGUAAUGAAUUACAUGGCAAUUGUCGAUUAGAAAGUCAAAAAUCUAGUUAAUACACAAGUCGGUAGAUAAGAUCAUUCACUGACUAGUAAAUAGACUAGUUCGUGGACUAGUCAAUAAGUCAAAAACGCUCCAAACGUAAUAACAGUUUUCUGCAUAUAAAAUAAGUUUCAAUUGUAAUAUUAACUGCAAUCCUCUUUUUAAUUUUUAAUGCCAAAGGGAAAUUGUAACCACUGUGCAUUCUCAUGAUGUUAAAAGUAUUAAUGUUAACUUGUUGUAUAUUCAACAGGCUCAAUAUCAUUAUUAAUCAUACCUUCCACAAAAUUAAUUUCGAUUUUUUUUCUCCUCAUACAGGAUGUAAUUUUAUUAUUUUAAUUAUGGGAAAUAAUUUUAAAAAUUUUAUAUCAUACGAAAUUCCUCAAGCAGACAUUGUAGUACAUCUAGUUAUAGCCAACCAUUGUAAUAUAUAACAAGUUUCCAUAUAAUUGUUAAAUUUAUUAUACACAUAUAAAAAAAUUCUCCCAACAGCAAUAUUACAAAUGCAACAAUAAUAUAAAAAAUUACUAAAAUAAAAUUCCUAAUUAUUUUUAUACCUCAAUGUUUG